GGCUCGGGCUUCUCCCGCUCUUUGCAGCCCGCCUCCUAGGAGCCAACCCUCGGCUGGAGCUCGGAUUGAGGGGACAGAACCCCCCGAAGGGUCUGCAGUCGAAGGACCCCCAAACCGCUUGCCGAGAUGCCUGGGAAGAAGGCGCGUAAGAACCACGCGCCCCCGAGCGCUCCCGGACCUCUUACCGAUUCGGAAGCUGAAUGUGCCAUGCAGUUCAGGAGGAUUGGGGACAUGCUGAAUUUCCGGCAGAAGAUCCUCAACCUGAUAGCCAAACUCUUCCACUUAGGGACCUGAGCACUCCCAGGUUUUCCAAGGAGGCGGCUCUUCUCAGAGGGCAGCUUCCCCCCAUGGGAGGUGCAUAAUCCACGAGGAAAAGGAGGAAGAGGGAUUACCUUGUGACUACCUUGUCUGGGAGAAAAAUGGGAAGAUGCUGGAUGGCCACAUUGAAAGAAUGCAAAGGGAAUUGCUCAAACAGGACUUUCUGCGGGAUGGAAGAACUGCAUCACUUCGUUCAUUUUAAAGCAAGCUUGGAUAAGGCUUUGAGAAGAAGGGAAGAAUAGAUGACUUUGUUUCUUGUUUAGAUCAUUUAAUUCUAGUGUUUUUGCUUGCAGAUUGCUGCCCAGUCUCAGGAAUCUAAGAGCUGAGCCUUGCAGAGCAGCGAGGAAGAUGUUGUGGCCAAAGGCCAAGGGCAGAAUCUGAUUUAUGCUUGUUACUUUUGAGUCACAACUCCAGCCCCAUGCUCUGUCUGGUUUUUAUAUAGGUAAACUUCUUAAGUGUAAACAAGAUCUCACUUUUACUAAGAACACUGAGUAUCAUGUGGAAUGUACAGGCUCACUACAAAAACAAAAUAAUUGGAGAGUUUGUUUCUUUUGACUGGACAUAGUCUGGAAAAGGGUGUUUUGAAAAGAAAAUGGACUAGAAGGAUUAGGAUGGUUAAUGCCAGUAACAUUCUUACUGUUUUGCGUUUUAAAAGAUAUAGAGCAUAGAAACAUUGAGUCUGUAAGAAUAGGAGAAAAACAGUGAAUUAGAACUUUUACUGCUCUAAUUAACACUGAGUAAGACAAAUCAUAAAGUAACUUGACAAGAAAAUGAGUGUUUUUAAAAAAUGUUCCUAAUAUCUGUAUGAUACCUUUUCUUGUAAUUGUUAUUGCUUCCUGUAAGAAAUGAUCUUUUAGGAGGGUUAAGCAUGUUUUUAUCGUUGGAAUAUGACUUUUAUUUUUAAGCAAGGAGCAAAUGGCUUUUCCAGAAUGAGAAUUUCAGUUGUUCACAUUCAUAUUGUACACAAUUUAAUUAGCAUAAGAAUUUGAUGUAUUUCCUUGUUCCUAAAAGGCCAGACUACCAACAAAAUCUCUAAAUAUAUGAACAAGGCCAGGAAUUCAUUUUUCAGGAAUAAUUUUAUUUAUUUUAUCUAUUUAUAAUAAUAGGGUUGUUUUUAUUGUUUGUUUAGCCCCAAAAUGCUUAUUAUUAAAGUUGCAUUUUUCCUUGUUAGGACAUACUAUAGUUUCACAAGUACUAAACACUUUAAUAAGAAUGUUUUAAUAUAGACCAUAGUCACUUUAGAUUAAAAAAUAUUACCUCAGCCUGUUUUUUCCUUCAGUGUUACUUAAGGCUUUGUUUGGUUGCAAAGUUAUUUUUGCCUGCCUAGAGGCAUUUAGUCAUGACUAUUUAUGGUGGGUAACUGUAUUUACAAACAUUUUCAUGUAAAAGUUGAUACUGUAGCUAUAAACUAUAAAAAUUUAGAACC